AACACACAAACAAACAAAUCAAAAGAAUCUUCUUCUUAAAAAAAGUCAGGUCGAUCGCUCUUUGUAUUUUUAUAAGAUUCCAGAGUUAAUUGGGAACAUGGAAGGAUAUAAUGAUGGAUCGUUGUAUGCUCCGUUCCUGUCGCUGAAACCACAUCAAAGCCUUUCUAAGUCGGAGUUAGAACAAGGCAGAGAAGAAGCCUCAAAAGUUAGCGAAGGUUCCUCGAGAAGCAGGGAUUUGAAAAAGAAGAAGGGGAAGAAACAAAAGUUUGCGUUUCAGACAAGGAGCCAAGUUGAUAUUCUUGAUGAUGGCUAUCGUUGGAGAAAAUAUGGCCAAAAAGCUGUCAAGAACAACAAGUUCCCUAGGAGUUACUAUAGGUGCACAUAUGGAGGAUGCAAUGUAAAGAAGCAAGUGCAAAGAUUAACAUCGGACCAAGAAGUUGUAGUCACGACCUACGAAGGAGUACACUCGCAUCCCAUCGAAAAAUCUACAGAAAAUUUCGAACAUAUUCUCACCCAAAUGCAAAUCUACUCUUCUUUUUAAUACCUUUUAUAACUUUGGAGCGUGUAUCCUUCUGAGAGCCCAUGUUGUAAAUUAUACAAAUAAAAAGUAUAAUAUUACAAUUUUAUGUAUGUUGGAAAAAAAAAACAAUGG